AUGACUGUCAUUCCUGAAGCCACCCUGUCUGUGCUCCCGCGCGCGGACGGGUCUGCCAGAUACGCUCAUGCAGGCUACACAGUGACGGCUUCAGUGAACGGGCCUAUUGAGGCCCAGCGACGCGAUGAACACGCAUUCGAGGCCCACGUCGAUGUCGUCGUGCGACCCGCGGCCGGGACUGGAGGCACACGAGAACGACACCUGGAAUCCAUCCUCGAAUCGUCGCUCACUCAACUUAUCCUCGUCAAGUCAUUCCCGCGCCAGCUCAUCCAGAUCGUGCUUCAGAUCGAGACCACACCCGACAACGACUAUGUCAACACAAAGCUUGUUCAGGCUAGCCUGAAUUUCCCCAUUGUGCCAUCCCUGCUUCAGGCUGCCGUUCUGGGGCUGAUCUCGGCCGCUGUGCCGAUGAGAGCGACGGCAACAGCCAGCGUUGUAGCAGUCGUGCCCCAAGAAGAGACCAAGAGACUUGUAGUUGAUCCUUCUCCGCGAGAUCUCGAACAGGCCCAGUCAGUCCAUGUCCUGGCUUUCACAUCUUAUGACGAGCUUCUCCUUGCAGAGAGCGAAGGCGACUUUACGGUCAAAGAGUGGGACGGAGUCUACGAAGCAGCCCUGAAAAUCUGCUGCCGUCCCACAUCGACCAAGGCCGGUAUCAAUGUGAUGCUCGACGACAGCGAGGAUGCCGCCGGCUCCGAUAUGCGCCAAUUCCUCCGGUCAACCGUGGAAGCCAAAGUAGCGGCAGACCUCUAUUGGAAGUGA